AUGGAAAAAGCGGUUCAGAAUAAAACUACCCACGCUGGCAGCCGGGAAACCGGUGAAUCCAGUAUAAGGCCCCCAUUCGUAUGUGGGGGGGGCUGCGAUCGCUCCGUAGGCUCGCAGAGCCUCCGUAAACCCGUGACUGACGUGGUAGACUUCUACCCGGCGUUUACCGCCCAACCCGGACAUGACUCUCGCGCGUCAACGCCAUCCGCGCUUCCCGAAGCGCGGGUGGUGUUGGAGCGCAUCCCAACACCCGAAUUGACCCCAGCACCUAGUGCUGAUGAUGCUGAGCCUGGGCUAAACACCCAGCAUAAGCAGAGACGAACCGGUCCUAGCCUCGCUUCAUCCUCGGAUGAAGUGAGCAGUCUAAGGACCGUGUGCUCCAUGGAGAGCGUAACCUCCCUCCCAGAGGGCAAACUGUGGCGCAAGCGCAAACCAGUUUCGCUCUCGGACCCGUCCUCUGACGAGGAGAGCCGAGCGUCGGGAACGGCGCGCGGCUCGCCCGUCUUGAGGGCGCGGGCCAAGAGAGGUCGAGGUCGCCCUCCUACCACUGGAGAGUACGUCGGACUAGCCAAGGCCAAAGCCGAACUCAACCGUGCCAUGCGGGAGGAGAUCAGGCUGCAGGCCGAGAAGGAGGUGGCCGAAUCGGCUAGGAGAGUGUUCUCGCUCCGCGGCUCUGAAACAGAGUCGGAGUUGGCGAGAGCCGAUUCUGGCCCAGAACCAGAACCUGGCCCCGAGACAGUCGCCGAGCUGUACAAAAAAGCGAAGGAUGCUGCUGCGAUCGUUGAGAGCGUGGCCUGCAAGUCGGGACGGUUGAAGGGCACGUUUGUUCGUGCCCUCAAGGACUCCUCCAAACUCAUCGUGAGGGUCCUGGACGUAUUGCGUGACACGACGUCGAGCGAUGAAACACGCAACUUGCAGGCCCAGAACUCUCGCCUGCAAAAAGCUCUGGAGGACCAACAGAAGGAGUUGGACACCCUUCGGCAGGAGAUGCGUCAACUGAAGGCCUCGUUGACAGCAUCUCAAAAAGAGACACAGUCAGCGCCCGUGCCACAGCCCGAGUGCCCAUCCGCCGAGCCGCUCGUAGAGAGCCUGCGCCCGGAGCCGGCCCCGAAAGCUGCACGCACCAAGCCGACCAAAAAACCGGUCCCGCCGCUGCCAGAGAGCAGUCGAGCCGUGUCCGACAAGGAUGAAGACCUUGCCGCGCGGAUCAUUAGCCAAGUCGGCUUUAUGAUCAACGCGAGGCUGGCAGGUCUGGAGGACCGGCUCCUGCCUCCUAAGAUGUUACGUCCACCGCUAGCGGCGGACCGAAAAAAUGCGGCCACAUAUGCGGCUGUGGCCAGGACUCCCGCUGUCUCAGUGAGGACCCCUACCGCAGUCACAAAGACGACAGCCACAUCAGCCGGCACUGCACGUGCCACUCCGCACAUGGCCCCUAGAGGAGCUGUGGCGGCUUCGGCUGCUGGUGGCUCAACCUCUGUGCGCCCCAAGAGGAAAAGGGGCCCCAGGGGCAAGAAAGGGAAGAAGGCAGGGGAUGGUGGCCAAGCUGAGGCCCAAUCCUUACCUUCCAGGCCUGCUGACAACGGCUGGACCGUGGUCGGCAAAGGCCGCAAGAAGAAGGCGGCUCCAGCUCAACCGCCCCAACGCCCCAGGGCGCCCAGACUGCACCCUCCCCGCACGGCGGCGGUGGUGAUGCAGUUGCAGCCAGCGGCAGCGGAGAGCGGAGCGAGCUACGCGGAUAUCCUGAGGGAGGCCAAGUCCAAAGUGGACUUGCAGAGCCUCGGCAUCUCUGGCCUCAGGAUCCGCAAGGCGGCAACCGGCGCGCGAGUGCUUGAGGUUGCGGGCGCUUCAAGCGCCGAGAAGGCAGACUCCCUGGCUGCGAAGCUGAGGGAGGCGAUGAGCGGAGACGUCGUGAAAGUCUCCAGACCCACUAUAUGCGCUGAGAUGCGUGUCGUGGGGCUGGAUGACUCCGUCUCCGCUCAAGAGGUGGUGGAAGCAGUAGCCAAAGCCGGUGGAUGCGCGGCCGAUGCCAUCAAGGCUGGUGACAUCCGCGAGGGCGCUGGCGGCAUGGGCUCGCUACUGCUUAGCUGCCCUAUAGCAGCCGUUAAGAAGGUUGCUGCAGUUGGACGCCUUCUAGUAGGCUGGACAUCUGCGCGGAUAAAGGUGCUGGAGCCGCGCCCGCUGCGGUGCUUCCGGUGCCUCGAAGUCGGGCAUACGCACGCCCUGUGCAAGUCCGAGGUGGACCGGAGCACCCAGUGCUUCCGAUGCGGCCAGACCGGCCACAAGUCUUCAACGUGUUCCGCCACCCCGCACUGCACAGUGUGCGAGGCGGCGCGAAGACCGGCGGAGCACCGAUUGGGCAGUUCACAAUGUACUGCCCAAUCAAAGACUAAACGGAGGGUUCGCAAUGGCCCACAGGCCCCCUUGCAACCUUCCCGCCCGCAAGCCGCGGGACGAGCCGGAGAACCUAUGAGCACCAAUUAA